AAGGACACGCUAAAGAUGGUGCCUGGUGGAAGAAAACUUUCUGGGAAAUCUAGGAAGCCAUCAUUGGUGGAUCAACCUAAAAAAGUCUUUGACUUUGAGAAAGAGGAUAAAGAUUUGACUGGUUCAGAGGAGGAUGUUGCUGAUGAAAAGAUUCUAGUAAUUGAGAAACAUGGGAAGAAAAGACCUGGAGAAAGAGUUGAAGAUGUGGGAGGUGAAGUACAAAAUAUGCUGGAAAAAUUUGGAGCUGACAUCAACAAAGCUCUUCUUGCUAAGAGAAAAAGAAUAGAAAUGUAUACCAAGGCUUCUUUCAAAGCCAGUAACCAGAAAAUUGAGCAGAUUUGGAAAACACAACAAGAGGAAAUACAGAAGCUUAACAGUGAAUAUUCUCAGCAAUUUAUGAGUAUGCUUCAGCAGUGGGAACUGGAUAUGCAGAAAUUUGAGGAACAAGGAGAAAAACUAACUAACCUUUUUCGACAACAACAGAAGAUUUUUCAGCAGUCUAGAAUUGUUCAGAACCAGAGACUGAAAGCAAUCAAACAGCUACAUGAGCAGUUCAUAAAGAGUUUGGAGGAAGUGGAGAAAAAUAAUGAUAACCUGUUUACUGGCACACAAAGUGAACUUAAAAAAGAAAUGGCUAUGUUGCAAAAAAAAGUUAUGAUGGAAACUCAGCAACAAGAGAUGGCAAAUGUUCGAAAGUCUCUUCAAUCCAUGUUAUUCUGA